GUGUUGUUGUCUGACGCAGCUCCUGAAGCUAAACCAGCUUCAAUCAGCCAGCUCAAAGCUUCACAGCUGGCAACAAAACGACACGUUUACUGUUGAAAUUGUACUAAAGCACUUAAAACCAAAGCGCCUAAAGAAUGAGAAGAGUUACCCUGUUUGUUAACGGGACAUCUAAGAAUGGCAAGGUUGUAGCAGUGUAUGGGACUUUGUCUGACUUAUUAUCAGUAGCAAGCAAUAAGUUAGGAAUCAAAGCUGCCUCUUUAUACAAUGGAAAGGGUGGUCUCAUAGAUGACAUUGCCCUUAUAAGAGAUGACGACGUGUUGUAUGUGUCAGAAGGAGAUCCAUUUAUUGACCCUCAAAAUGAAGCCAAGAUUGCAUCUGAUCAGCAUGGAGCACACAGUGACUGGCUGACCCUUAAUAUUGGUGGUCGUCCCUUCACCACCACCAGGAGCACGUUGGUCAGCAAGGAGCCAGAGAGUAUGCUUGCUCACAUGUUUCGAGAGAAAGAUGUGUGGGGGAACAAGCAGGACAAAACCGGGGCUUACCUAAUCGACCGCAGCCCUGAAUACUUUGAGCCAAUACUCAACUACCUGAGACACGGUCAGCUCAUUAUCAAUGAAGGCAUAAAUAUACGAGGUGUCCUCGAGGAGGCUCGGUUCUUUGGAAUCGAGCAACUUGCUGAACAGCUGGAAGUAGCAAUCAAGAACACAAAGCCACCAGAGGACCACUCUCCCCUCUCCCGCAAGGAGUUUGUCCGUUUUCUUCUGGCAACACCAACCAAAUCAGAGCUCCGCUGUCAGGGUCUUAAUUUCAGCGGCGCUGAUCUGUCCCGACUUGAUUUGCGCUACAUCAAUUUCAAGAUGGCUAAUCUCAGCCGCUGCAAUCUGACACACGCCAACCUGUGCUGUUCCAAUCUGGAGCGGGCGGAUCUUUCUGGAGCCAAUCUGGACGGUGCUAACUUACAAGGGGUGAAGAUGCUCUGUUCCAAUGCAGAGGGAGCUUCUCUCAAAGGAUGCAAUUUUGAAGAUCCAUCUGGACUGAAGGCCAACCUGGAAGGUGCUAACCUGAAAGGAGUUGACAUGGAAGGAAGCCAAAUGACCGGCGUCAACCUGCGUGUGGCCACUCUGAAAAAUGCAAAGCUGAAGAACUGUAACCUGCGGGGAGCCACUUUAGCAGGAACUGAUCUGGAGAACUGCGACCUGUCCGGCUGUGAUCUACAAGAAGCCAACCUGAGGGGGUCCAAUGUGAAAGGAGCCAUUUUUGAAGAGAUGCUGACCCCUCUGCACAUGUCGCAGAGUGUCAGAUAACUCACACCGGUGUCCAGCGUGGGGUCACAGCUGGCUCCUUUAUUGCUCUUUCCCUCCGGCCUCUCCCACAAUAUAUUCCCCUACUUUCAAUCUCUCAGUACCUGUCUGUAGCACAGGUAGUUAUAUGCACAUCCCUGGCAUUCCACCUAUAUUAUGUUAGCUUUAAAUAUCUUGCACUAGAAUUUAUUCAGGGUUGUCUAUGUAUGUUUGUAUGUAUGGUAGGAUGUUUUUAAAUGUUCAGCUGCAUAUAUCACCAAAACAAAAUAAUGUUCCUCGUGUAUGUAGACGUGUGUCUGGAUGCAAUCCAACGACUAUACUCAUUUAAUGUUCUACAUAAUUUAUAUCCACUUCAUAUUACUUGACGUGUUAAUGGGAGUCAAAAUCAGAUUAUCUGUGUCCAGUCAAGCUCAGAGCCCUGAGCUUCACUGAAUGCUGCUGUAGCAAAAAAUAGAAGGUGUCACUUACCAAUAACUGUGUCAUAUAUUACACUUUUAAGUAUGUAACUUAAUUUUUGCUGGAUUCAACAUAUGAUAAAGGAAGCAAUGCAAGCCAAAGCCAUAACGAUAGCACAGUCUAAAAGGCUAAAAGUGCUGUUAGUGCACCGUGAAACUAUGCGACACAGCUUGGGUAUGCAAUACAUGAUUAAUAGCUGUGAGGUUUCUCCUUUCCUACUUUUAAAUGUUGUGCUCUUAAAAAGCUUCCCUUUGUUUUGCGCUCUGUAAAUCUACCUCUUUUUUUUUUAAAUCUGGUGUGCGAGUGAACCACAAUUGCAUGCAUUUGACUGUGGCACUGCUUAUUGUAUUGUUUAUGUACGACAUUCAUUAUUCUUCAGUUUCUUAUUCGGAGAAAAAUUGGUUUGCUAAGCCAUUUUCACAUGUUGUCAAAGUGAGUUUGCCUGGAAACAUGCUCCAUGUAUCGAUGUAUAUCACUUAAUCAUGCUUCAAAACUUAUUUGCACAAGUAUAUGUUAACUUGUAACAUGUUAUACCUUUUCACCAAAAUGUUUGGUGCUUGUAAUCUUUAAUGUAAAUCAAAUCCAGUGUUUCCAAAAAAAAAAAAAAGCAUCAUUAGAGUAGGCAGGUGUUUUGUCAAGGAUCUCACUUCAGUUACUGGACAGUGUCCGUUUGCAUGUGUGAAGAGCUAUACUCGUCUUCGACUGGUGAAGUUUCUCUUGCUGUAGCUCAAAGCUGCUCUGAUGCAAUACUAUUCACUCAGUUCAAGAGUAGGUACCCGGCCUGUGAGAAUGAAUCAUGAAGGCAAUCAUAUUGUGUAUUUCACCUGGAGCGUGAAAAUCAAUGGAAGAGCUAUGGUUAUUUAUUUUAAUACAUCUCGCUGAAUGCAAUAUGGGGCAAUGGUUGAUUUGUGUUUGAGACAGGGAGCGGUGUAGGUCUCCCUAUCUAUGAUUAUUGCACUCGACCGUGGAAAUAUAUUUCCAUGAAUGACUGUUAUAAAUAAACUGCUAUGAAGAAGAA